AUGCAACUAACUGGUUUGUACAAAGUUGCUCUGGCGCUUGCCGCAAUUACAGACGCUGUUGAAGCGAAAGUUCACAGUGCAAAGAUCCACAAGCGUCCAAUCGACGAUACCUUGAAAGAUGCGACUUUUGAAGAGUACCUCAAGAACUAUGGCCAUAAGUACUUGACUGCUUUCCAAAAGGCAUACCCAGAGUCUCAAAUUCCAAUUGAUGCUGAAGGUGGUCACAGCACGCCAUUGACCAACUACUUGAACGCUCAGUACUAUACUGAGAUUGGUUUGGGUACCCCGGCUCAGAUCUUCAAUGUUAUCUUGGAUACUGGUUCCUCGAACUUGUGGGUCCCAAGUGCCGAUUGUACCUCGUUGGCUUGCUACUUACACACGAAGUAUGUUCACGAUGAUUCUUCCACUUACAAGGCCAAUGGCUCUGAGUUUGAAAUUAGAUACGGUUCUGGGUCCAUGGAGGGUUACGUGUCCCAGGAUACUUUGCAAUUGGGUGAUUUGAUCAUUCCAAAGCAGGAUUUCGCUGAGGCCACCAGUGAACCUGGGUUGGCGUUUGCCUUCGGUAAGUUUGACGGUAUCCUGGGGUUGGCUUAUAACUCCAUCUCCGUCAACCACAUUACACCACCAGUGUACAAUGCCAUCGACCAAGGCUUGUUGGACAAGUCCCAAUUUGCCUUCUACUUGGGUGACGCUGAUAAGAACGAAGAGGAUGGCGGUGUUGCCACUUUCGGUGGCUAUGACAAGUCCAAGUUCACUGGUGAUAUUACCUGGUUGCCAGUCCGUCGUAAAGCCUACUGGGAGGUCAAGUUCGAUGGUAUCGGCUUGGGUAAGGAGUACGCCGAAUUGCAGGGUACCGGUGCUGCCAUUGACACUGGUACUUCUUUGAUUGCCUUGCCAUCUGGUUUGGCUGAGAUUUUGAACGCUGAAAUUGGUGCUAAGAAGGGUUGGUCCGGUCAAUACGCCGUUGAGUGUGACACAAGAGACAGCUUGCCAGACUUGACCUUCACCUUUGAUGGUUACAACUUCACCAUUGGACCAUACGAUUACACUUUGGAGGUUAGUGGUUCAUGUAUCUCCGCUUUCACACCAAUGGACUUCCCAGAACCGGUUGGUCCAUUGGCCAUCAUUGGAGAUGCCUUCUUGCGUAGAUACUACUCCAUCUACGACUUGGACAACAACGCUGUUGGUUUGGCCAAAGCCAUCUAA